AUGUUGUCGAAGGCCAGGCCAGGGCGCCACAAGACAGAUAUCGCCUGCAUCUUCGUGCAUGCUGGAGCCGGUUAUCACAGCAAGGAUAACGAGCUACACCAUCUGCAGGCAUGUGAGGAUGCGUGCAAAACAGCUAUGCGGCUUAUGCAGAGUGGCGGCACUGCGGUCGAUGCUGUCGAAAUCGCCAUUCGUGUUCUCGAGGACCGGGAAAUCACCAAUGCAGGUUUCGGCAGCAAUUUGGGUUACGAUGGCGUGGUAGAGUGUGACGCUAUCGUGGUAGAUCAUUUCGGCAGGAGUGGAGCUGCUGGUGCUGUUGCUCAGAUCAAAAAUCCAAUCUCGCUCGCGCGACAAGUCCUCGAUCAUUCCACGCAAUCUCUGUCUCUGCGACGUGUCCCACCAAACCUAUUGGUCGGCGAAGGCGCGAGGCAGUUUGCGGAUGCGCAUGGCAUGCCCAUCAUGCCCCACGAUUAUCUUAUCUCACCUUUCGCUAGACAUCGAUGGCAAAAGUGGCGAGGAGACCUCAACAAGGUUGAUCGGCACAAGGCCCGUGAUCAUUUGAGCACCUACAAUACUCUUUCCACGGGCUCGCAAGCUGAAAUUUUCCGCCACCAAGUCGAAUAUACUACUGACUCUGAACAACAACGCCAGGCCCACGAAAAGCGCGAGUUGGCCUUGAUAGAAUCGCUGUACAACGAUGCACAGCCUAUUUCACCUCCGCCGUCAGAUCUUCGGGAAGAGUCCCUCUCUUCGAGGGGACCAUCGACGUCCAGCGUGUCGUUCAGCGAAGCUGCAGGAACGCCUGACACCACGCCUGACGACUCGGACUCGCAUCCAGACACUUACAGCGAUCCGCAAGGUCCGCCUGUCCCAUUCAAAAACUUGGUCAAACGCCCAUUGACUCACGGCUCCUCGAAGCCGGUUGCCACUCACUCACAUCGAGCGAGUAUGCAUGAUGGCUUCGGCAUACUUGACGACGAAAACGUGAUGGAUGUUUACACAGAGUACGGCGAGGGUGAAGGCCAAGUGCUACCUAGUUCCCACCGGCCCCGAUCAGAUUCUCGGCGUCUAUCUUCUGCUUCGGACUCUGAUGACACCGCGCGACUUGGCACUGACGGCCACCAAACCCCAUCUUCUGGGUCAGGAACAUCUCGCACGACGGCACGGCCUUGUCCGCCACAGACACAUAGCACUGGUGCUUGUUGCACUGAGCCUGUACAAAACCUACAGCCCGGAUCGAAUCUACCUAGCAAGGAAGCUCUAGCAGACGAAGCACCCAAAGUCAUCCGCAUACAAGAAGCCUCCAGUCCGGUUCCGUCUCCAGCUAAAGUCGCUGGAACACGAGAGGCUUCGAGUCCAAUGUCAUCACCAGGACCAGCCAAAGUUGCUAACGCCCCGGGCAAGAUACCUGGGCCGGGCCCCAACAAUGGCGAGGAUCACAUAACAGACACGGUUGGGGCUAUUGCCAUUGACAUGUACGGCAACAUCGCGUGUGGAGCCUCUUCCGGCGGUAUUGGUAUGAAGCAUCGAGGUCGCGUUGGGCCAGCUGCGCUCAUCGGCAUCGGCGCUACCGUUGUGCCUGUCGAGGACGAUGACGAGGAAAAGACCACAGUCGCCACCGUUACUUCCGGCACUGGCGAACAGAUGUCUACCACCAUGGCGUCUUCGGUUUGCAGCGAUCGCAUUUACCACUCCCAUAAGAAGACCAAGAAAGGCACAUUUGAGGAAUGCAUCGAGGAGAGCGCCAUAAGAAGCUUCAUCGAAAAGGACUUCAUGGGCCAUCCCAGCGUAAAAUACUCUGAUUCGAAUAGUGCCAUUGGAAUGUUGAGCGUGAAGAGAACCAGGGAUGGUGCAUGGUUGUACUUCGGGCACAAUACUAACAGUUUCGCUUUGGCGAGUAUGCACUCUGACGAGAGAAUGCCAGUCUGCACCAUGAGUCGCAGCAACGGACACGGGACCAUCGCGCAGGGGGGUCGUCCGAUUAGAUGGCGGCGCAGUAGCAUGAAAUCAUGA